GAGGUGGCGCCGGCCGCCCGGGAGGGUGGGGGGCGGACAGGCGGCCGCCCCGCCCCCGCGGAGGAACCGCCACUUGCGAUAUUGCUUCCUGGCAUUCCUGCUGACGCUCGGUUUUCCGCAGGAGCUGCGCUACACUUCCUGUCGAACGGUCCUUCUCUCGAACAUGUCGAAGCCGGAUUGCAAUUAGCCGCGAAUCAGCCCCCGUUCACGACCGGUCGCCGCUUUCUAUUAUUUUCGAUUUUUUGUUUUUCAUUUUUUUUGUUUAUUUAUUUUUUUUUUCGUUCGAGUGAUUUCGAGAAUUCUCGCCUGCUUUGCUAGCAUGGUUGUGAGGAGGUGGUGGAGUGGGAGUUGAUAAUCGUUUCGGACUCUUUUCGGGGAAGAAGCGCGCCCUACGCCGCAAAAUGUACGAAAGCUCCUGCUCCUACCAGGGCCCGUUGGAGCUCAAACGAAGCGCCUCGGCCUCCUGCCCCUUGGGCAUCAAAACCGAGGACUUUUCCUCGGCCUCCGACUGGCCAGCCUACCGGUUCUGCAACCCCAGCACCUUCGAGCAGCUCAAACAGAGCGUCGAAAAGGCCAAGGCGGCCCUACAGGACCGGAGCAGCUUCUUCGGCAACGGUAGUGCAUUUAGUGAUUUAUACAACGUAUCGACGGGCAGAUCGCAGGAAAACCCGCAGGACAGUUCGAGUAGAUUAAGAGACAAUGGCGAUGCGGAUGUGAAAAGGAGCGAUACUUCGUACAAAGGAUCAUGGAGUUCUCACGCAUCAACGCAAUCGCAAGGUUAUGGUACAAACAGUCUCACGGGGAUGACGAAGGCUUCGCUGGACCCCCACAGUCAUUUGCGACAACCAGAUCCAUAUCAAAUGUUUGGACCGACGAGCAGCCGAUUGGCCAGUUCAGGUUCGGGUCAGAUCCAGCUGUGGCAGUUCCUGCUGGAGUUGCUGAGCGACUCGUCGAACGCGGCCUGCAUCACGUGGGAGGGCACCAACGGGGAGUUCAAAUUGACCGAUCCCGACGAGGUGGCCCGACGGUGGGGCGAGAGAAAGUCCAAGCCGAACAUGAAUUACGAUAAAUUGUCCAGGGCGUUACGAUAUUACUACGACAAGAACAUCAUGACGAAAGUCCACGGUAAACGGUACGCUUACAAAUUCGAUUUCCAAGGCCUCGCCGCCGCCACGCAACCGGCCACCAGCGAUCCGGGCAGCUACAAGUACCAGAGCGAGUUGUUCAUGAGCUCGUACCAUCACAGCGCCAAAUUGGGCGGUUUUAUGAGCCCCCACGCCGCCAUACCCAGCUCCGCAGCUUCGAUUUUCCCAUCGCCGGGUUCGUACUGGAGCAAUCCGAGUGCGAAUUUGUACUCUAACAUAGCGGCAGGAACGCAUUCGAUCGGCCAUCACACGGGGCCCCAUCUGGGAGCGCCCCCGCUCGGCUCGUAUCCGCACUACGCAUGACCGGCUUCGGGCUCGUCGUCGGGACCGGACUGGACGAAGAAGUUGGCCAUGUAAUGGCGGGGAUUCCCCCCCGUAAGAAUGGGCCCAGUACGGCGUCUGAUGAUGAGCUGGUGUAGUUGUCGAAACAGUAUUUUUCCUGGCCCGUUGCUAGUCAAAUGGCUACCCUUUUUUGUAGUGUAGUUACCAGUGCAAUGUUUCUUGUUUUCGGGUGUAAAUAUGUAUUGCGGAAUGGAAGUUUAGUUCGAGGAAAAUGUGUAUAAAAAGGCAAACAACCGUACAUUCGGUAGUCUGUGAUAUAACAUUUUUAUGUAGGUGUUUUCGAUUUUUAAUGUAUUGGUAAAUAGGAAGUGUUUUUAAUUUAUGAUUUUGUUUUAUUAUAAGUGUACAUUAUCGUGAGGAACAUUUGACCACGUUUUAGCAUUCCCAUUCGUUUUUUUUGUAUUAUUACGAAAAAGUAUGUAAUUAUAUUAUUUUGUAUAAAAGAAGAUUGUAUAAAACUAUUAUUGAUAGAUGAAUGUAUAGUAGGGCUUUACUAGGAACCUACAAAAAAAUCCAAAAAAAAAUUAGAGGAAAUAACUAAUAUUCGCAACAAAAAAAAAAUAUAUCAUAGAUAUAAUGUGUAAAAUCUAGUCAUAUACAAUUUAAAUGUCGAUAAAAAAAAUAAAGCGUUGGAACAAACAACACACAAAAAUGUCGAUCUAAUUUAAGAUGUAUAAAUGUUGUGUAAUAAUUAUAUAAAAAAUAUAGCUA